AUGCUGUUAACUAUCUUGGAAAAGAAGCUUGUCGGAGACGCAAAGGGCUUCUACUGCAAACUCAGUAGUCUUCGUGAGUCAAUUGAAGUUAUCUUGAAAGAUCUUCGACGCUUUUUUGAAACCGAUACUUUGGAGAUUGCAGAGCGGUUCCGUCAGCUUAGUUUCCACGAGACUGAUUACAAACGUGCUGCUCGGCAGCUUCAGGAGAGCAGAACGCUUAUCUCAUUAGUACGCAGAUUCUUGGAAAAGUUACCGGGGGAGAUGAUUCGUGUUAUCAGACUGUUAUUUGACGACGGUUCGCAGCCCUUGGCAGACGACAUCAUCGAUAAAUGUGACCGUUUUUUAAACAAUCAGGUUUUCGUUGAUCGAUACCGAGCUGCUAAAGUCUUUGAGAGGUUGAAUGAGGUACCGGAAGAGUCAGUAAUGAAUAUGUCCGUGAUCUCGAGUGAACCAACGAAACUUAGUGAAAAUUUCGCUCGUGUCUGCGUCUCCACAUUACGCUAUUUGCAUCAUUGGUCUCGCUGCGCCCCGACAUACAAGAAACGAGUGCAACCGUAG